GUCGGAAACCAGUGUAGAACUCUAACACUUCCAGUGCAGACGCGACAGAAAUCGGUUGUCGAAGGAGAGCCUCCAAUAACCGUCUACUUUCUUGGGGACACGUUCGAGUUACGUCGACUUAUAGUUCGCCAUCCCGAGGUCUCAGAGACGUUGCCCGUGGAGGUGGCCAGGUACAAGGAAAUCUACAUGGCUUACAGCAAUUUCAUGAGGUCUGUUCACCCGGACCCGAGUGUCAUGAGGUGGUGUCGGUCGCAGGAGUUGCAGGCGAUUAUUGAAGCGCUGCAUGACGAGAUUGUCAGACUUUACCGCACUUUCAAGCGCGACAUAGAAGUCAGAGGUGGUCAAGAGAAUAACCAACAAGACGCUCAACAGCAGUUUGGGACUUGGGUGGUUAUGUGA